AAAAAUUGCACUUAAACAUACUAAGGCAAAGAUUUUUAAAAAUAUUUACUUUCGUAUUGAUUAAAUUAAUGUUUAAUUUAGUCCAUUCGGAAUCAUUUCUCCCCAUUUUCUUUGCUCUGGUACAAUCCAACAACCGGAACUAGUGCAACUACUUCCGGGUGGUUGUUACGGACGCUUUCUAGCUACGGAACAAACAAAAACACUGUACUCUGGCUGUAUAACGGGUAUAUUUACUCAGCCUAAUCGUAAAAUUAAUUAUUUUUUUCCCCCAGAAACGACUAAAGCUGACAGAACGCGGUUGUUUGUUUCCCAGUGAAGAGUCCCAUUUAAUGACAACGAGAUUUACGCGUCACAGUGAUGAAUAUGUUCAUUUUAUCAUUUUAUUUUACAAACUACUGAUGAAGAUCAACAAAGACAUGCUGGAACUGACGAUAGCCUAAUUUUCUCUGGGUGUUUAAAUGGAUUAACACGGAAUGGAUUAGCAGGGAACUCGUGAAAGGGCAUCAUGGAGUGGCCUGGAGAUUUUCCUGAAGACCAUGCCUUUGUGGAGCUUGUGGUUCCAGGAGGUUCGAGUGAUUUGGAUUUCGAACAAUUUCUCAAAGACACAGAUGAGAAACCCAGUCUCAGUGCCAUCAGUACUGAAAAACAGCUGAAGGUCCAAAUGGGAGACUCCAGAACCGGUGAUCAUUCCAUAGAGUUCCUUCAGUGUCUCAACAGCCAAGUACAAAACAACCUGAGGCCUAUUACCACUGGACAUCACGAGCUUAUGGAAUUUUUCAGAGCUCUGCAACAGUACCUUAAAUCUGAUGAAGAGGGAAAAGAAGAAGUAACACUUGAGUUGCUGAUGAGCUUGUCUGCGCAGUGUGGCAUCUCCUUUCCUUGCACACCCUCUUCUUCCUCCUCAAAUUCUUCUCUUCAUCCACAAAUGACAUGCCCCUCCACUCACAUGUUGCACACAGUCAAAGAUGACUCUUCAUUAGAGAUCCAGGAGGUCUGGGAUGCUGUACGUCUCCAGCUGCGGCGCUACCUGAUGGACCAGCUGUCAUGCCAGAGCCCUGAACAUUCCAGAUCCCGAAAAACUUCCACUCAAAUCAUUCUUGAACGUGUUUACUGUCUUCAACGGUUGCUACUUCUUUAUCCAAAGUGUGAGGUUCUCCCAGAUUACCAGGCUCUGAAUCACAAGUAUGUGAUGAGGAUUCUACACUCAAGCGUGUGCUGCAGCCCGGGUGGGGAGACUGGCUUUGACAGACUGGUUACAACUUUCUGCAAUGCGGUUCCACAUCUGAUCCAAGCCCUCACAGAGGAGAUCCAGGUCCUUACAAGACUAACUGAGCCAUCCAAAAUUCUCAGUUUUCUAAACGCUGCCUACUUCAGAACUGUGGCCCAAGAGCUGGCGUCCCAAAUGGAAAGAGAAUUUGAAAAAGCUCAAAGGGACAACACCAUACCGAGAGGCAAGAUCAAAAGAUAUUCAGUCAGGUCUCGAGCAGCUGUAGCACCAGUGGAGCUUCCUGUGAAAACCAGGAGCUUCAGUUUGACCUCCCACCAGCUGAAGGUGUUAACCCAGCUGGCAUGCAUCCUGCUGGGCUUUGAGAGCAAAGUGAGGGAGCUGGUCACUAAGAUGACCUUCGUAAACUAUAAAGAGGACUCUUCUGAAAAAGGAAACUUCAGGAAAGAAGAUUCAAACAUGGCGGCAGAAGGCAGGAAACCCACCUCAUACGAACUCUCCACUCCAGAGGUUCAGACUCUGGAGUUUAACUGGAGGUCAGCGUUUAGUGAUCUAGUUCCUCACAUGGAACAUUGUGUCGAAGUAGUGCUGGAGGAUGUCUGUGCCAAGAAUCUACAGCAAGAGGAGGCCUUACAUUCUUCUGGAUGCACUUCAGUCAGCAUGAGCCCCAUCACUGAGUUUUCUGUUGCCAACAACCACCUUAAAGAAGACUUCUGCAAUUACUCAGACAGAGAGAAACCCAAAAUGAUAGCCAAGUUCUGUGGAGCGAUUCUGAUCGAGCUCAAUGCCUUACUACCAUUGGCAGUAGCCUGCAGGAGCAGUUCUCUCCUGGGGGUGCGAUCAAGCUUUGUUGAAGCUUGUGGCAAGGCAGCGUUUGCCAUGUUGAGCCGUUUGCAAGAGAGGGCCCUGGAGGUACCAUCCUCUGCACCCUUGAAGAACUUACCUGCUCUGCUUUCUACCUGCAUUUAUGUGCACCAGCGGCUAGGUUAUUACAGUGUCAGGCUGAAGGAUUCAGAUGCAGCUUCAGCUAAAGUACCCCUGACUCUGCUGCCUCUCCAGAAGUACCAAGAGACAGUUAAGGCCUUGAAAGAACAGCUGACCCAUUACUGCAUCCAGGUUUGCACGUCCAGCCUUUUCCAUGAUGCAGAGAGUCAUAACUGGGCUGAUCCCAAACCCUUCUAUGAGGGAGAGCGGUGUUCCUUCUCACUGCAGAUGUGGUUUUACUUCCUGUGUGGGCUCCGCAGCGACCUGUGGGCAGUGCUUCCUGCUGAUUUGGCCAAGGAUGUGCUCGGACAGGUGUUGAAAGAGACUUUACAGCUGCUGGUGCAGAGAUACGCCACGGUCCGUGCUUCUUACAAGAGACACCUGCAAAUCAGAUCUGACAUAACAGCAAUAUUGCUUUAUGUGGAGCACCUUCUGUGGAGUGUGUGUGAGAGUCCCGAGUCCUUGGUGCUCAUCGACCCCCCUUCAGAAAUUACCAUUAAAGCAGGUGGCUCCAACUGGCCUUCCCAAAUCCACAGCCUGUGUGACCAACUUCUGAUGAUCCUUGUAGUUGUUACAGCACCCUUAUCUUUAGUGCAUAGGACAUUUGUGAUUAAUGCUUCGGAGGACUCUACAUCACAGCAGCCUGAAAGCCCCGUUGUACGCUGGCUAAAUGCUAUCAAGCCUGACCUCUACACAGAGCGGGCCAUACGUGAUGGCCUGAUGGGCGAGGCAGCCUUGGCAUGCCAGUUGAGACUACUGACCUCUGACCCAGACUGCAGUCCCAAGUUGCUGUUGCGAAUGCUGCUAUACGAAGACUGUCACCUGCCCAGAAUACUCCUGGAAAAUUCCUAUUUUUGCCAGGAGAGUGGCUCAGAAAUGUCCACAGAGAAUUGCAAGGCAGGAGACAACUUCAUAGUUGCUUUGUUCAACCUCUUCCUCUGCCUGAAUAAUGUUCCCAAGGCUUUGACUCAGGCCCUUCAGCCUUACCUGGAGAGGGGACAUGUUUGGCAACAUCUCUACUCAUUGGCAGACACAACUCAGGCGGUUCCAGUGGUGAUCACCUGUGUUCGAGAGAUAGUGUUCAAAUCAACCAACAGCCUUCUGCUGCAUCUGGUGACCAUGGUUCUGAGCCAACCGGUCAUGGGAGAGUCCAGAGGAGCCCCGCUCAAGUGUCACACCCCUGAGAGCAUCUUGGCCAAAAUACCCAAUGACUGGAAUUAUAAUUUGCUUGACAGAAGAGGAAUUGACUCUAAUACUUCCAUAUCCUUUUUGAUUCAAGCUUUGUCCUUCAUUUUCACCAACCUGCCUUUGGCUGCAGCAUCCAUGCCCGCCCCCAUCCGCUUCCUCUUUCAAGAUGCAGAGAAGCACCUCUCCCAGCAUUCCAGGCAACUGCGACCAAUGGGCCUGUUGCUUUGGUCCUUCCUGGGCAGCUUGAUUCAAAGUCUGGAGGCCCCAAACACACUUGAGCAGCUCAGUGGUUUGGAUCUGGACGGUGGGUCAAAGGAAUGCUUAUCACUUAUUGGAGAGUGUGUGCUGGCUGCCAUGAGCAUCCAACAAAAGGGUGUUCCCAAACUUACUGUACACAAAGUUCUGCAGGCUCUGGAGGAAAAAAGACCCAACUGGAUAAACAUGCAGAUGCAGAAGGCUCGCAAACUCUGUGCAGAAAGCGUAUUUGAGCAAGGAGCAGAGAGAAGAUCUGCUGCUGAUGCAGAACUGACUGAGCAGAAAAUAGGCCUGAUUCUGCAGGAGGUCUGCCACAAAGCAGGUGGCAGCAGCUACCUGAGGCAGAUCUAUCACAUCAUCCAAGGCAAUGAGGAUAUCUUGAUGUCUAAGCUGUCAGGACGCACCUGCGUUUCAAUGGAGCCUUUGGUAGAUUUUAACAUUGGCCCAGAAACUCCUUCCUGCUUCAACCCUCUUCUUCAGUUCGACCACAUUGGCAAAAAGAAGCUGGAUCAGAGUACCGUGGUCGACUGGACAUGGGACUGGCCCAGGCUGCUGCCAGCCUAUCAGGGAAUGAGUCGGGUCACCUUCAGGAGUCUGGUGGCCAACAGGUGGGAUAUGCAGGAGGGAGUGGAGCUUGAAGAUGCAGAGAGUGCAAUGAUAGAAGAACUUCAGAAAGCAAUUUUGGUUUGCUGCUGCCACAAGGACCCACACGAUCCUCCCGGAACUGACGAGACGCCAACAAAGCAGCCCCAAGGGGAAUCGCAAGCAUCCGAUAAAGUGCUGCCCAAUAACAGCCCAUAGUUGGAAUUUUUGUAUUUAAAUGUUGUCUUGAAACUCUGAAGUCUGUCUAUAUGCAAGUUUUGCACAUUUGUUUGUAUGAUUUGGCCUGCACAUGUACAUAAAACAGCAAAUUUGCAGUCGUGUGCAUGAAAAAAACAACACAAAACCAGAAAGAUAAAAAAAACAACAACAAGAAAAGAAGUGUGUGUGAGCUGGUGCCUUUCUCUUGUUGCACACACCUGAAACAAACCCUCUGUGCUGUUCUAAGCUGCUUCAGAUGCUUUUUUAUCUUUAUGGAACACAUCUGCAGAAAUCAGUACCGGAGAAUGGGAAGCAGGGACUUUGUUUGGCUGGGACAAGAUAGGACUGUGUGAUCACCGCAGGUAGCUGAAGUUUUUCAAGACUGUGAGUGUAAAGAUGUUGGUGUCAGCACUUCGUUCCUGAAAAAAAAAACAUCAAAUGGUAUGGUUUGUAAGCACAGUGAUACCUGUUUUGAUUUUGAUUUGCCCUAAAAUUCAGCCCCUCAAUGAAACAUCAGUCAGCAUUUAGUGCUAACUGGUAUGUGUCGCACGAGUUCUCGGUUUAUCUGUCUUUAAUAUGCAAUAUGCAAUAUAAAUAUGUUUUAUUGUUGAAUAUGAGAUUAAAGCCAUGUUUUUUCUUCA